UUCACAGACAUUGGCAUCCAGCUUUCUGUGGGAAGAGUCCGUUGGCUGCAUACAGAAGAAAAAGGAUGAAAGUCCUCCUCCCCCUCACUGUCUCAUGCAUCACUCUGGCCUUGUGCCAGGCAGCCUGUUUCUUAACGCUACCUACACUAGAGAUUAGGAAUGGUGCGAUGGUACCUCAAGAUGGCUGUAUUGAUGCUUAUGAUAAGAAGAAAUAUCCAUUCGAAUCAGAGUGGAACACAGCUCACUGCCUGAGGUGCAGUUGCAGAGUUACAGGAAUGGAAUGCUGUACCAGAUUUGGUGGCAUUGCAGAUGUGCAAGGAUGCAACGGAGUUGUUGAUUUUGAAACAUGCACCUACAAAUUCUAUAGCCUUGACAACCCUGAGGAGCCAUGUUUCGAAGCUUCAGAAACCAAAUCCAUUCAUAUCAGUGAUCCUAAAUAAAUCAGGGGCUCGUGUGUGUCUCUCUUUUUUCUUUA